UCUGUAUAAAACACUUUUAUAUUUGCAAUUAGUUUGUAGCUGAUAUUUAGUCGAUAAUUCAUUUGUGUUAAGUGCUAUCGUUUAGAAUAGAGUGCAAAUUAAAAACUAACUAUCAAAAAUAUUUAGUCUAAGAUUACAAUGACAGAAGAAAAAAAACAUAGUAUAAAGGAUAAAGAGAAAAUUGGUAUUGAUGCCCAAUUUGUUAAUAGUGAAGAACCAAAGGAAAAAAUUAAGAAUGUAUCUUUUCCUCAGAUGUUUAGGUAUGCAAGUACUUAUGAUAAAUUUUUAAUGGUAGUAGGACUUAUAUCGGCAACUGGAACAGGAGUCUUACAACCCCUAAAUACGAUUCUCUUUGGUAGCCUCACAGGAGAUAUCAUUGCAUAUGCUACGUCGAUACAGAUAAAUUUACCUGCCGAUCAGAAGAAAAUAGCAGAAGACAAUUUUUUUGAUGGUAUCCGAUAUUUUGCCCUAAUGAAUUCUCUGAUCGGAAUAGGAAUGUUUGUGUUCAGUUACCUAGCAACAGUCACUUUUAACUAUUCUGCUAUGAGACAGAUAUUCAAAAUAAGGUCAGCAUAUUUGAAAUCCAUUUUAAACCAAGAUGUAGGUUGGUACGAUAUUAAUCAGACUGGAGAUUUUGCCAGUAGGAUGUCAGAUGAUUUGUUCAAAUUUGAAGAUGGCAUAGGUGAAAAAGUACCGGUAUUCUGGAGUUUUCAAGUUGUUUUUUUAACUUCACUUAUCAUAGCUCUUGUGAAAGGAUGGGAACUUGCUUUAAUAUGUUUAACCUCUCUACCCGCUACAUUAAUAACAAUCGGAAUUGUAGGACUUCUCACUACAAAAUUAGCAAAAAAUGAACUGGAAGCAUAUGGCGCUGCUGGAUCGAUAGCCGAAGAAGCAUUGUCUUUAAUUAGAACCAUAACGGCUUUUGGAGGUCAGAAGAAAGAAGUAGACAGAUAUAAUAAAAAUUUAGUUGAAGCCAAAAACAAUAAUAUAAGAAGAUCGAUGUUUUCAGCAUUAGGUUUCGGUUUAUUGUGGUUCAUGAUCUAUGCCAGUUAUGCUCUGGCAUUCUGGUAUGGUGUAAAAUUAGUUUUAAGGGACAGGACAGCUACGAAUCAAAUAUAUACUCCUAGUAAUAUGGUGACUGUUUUCUUUAGUGUCAUGACAGGAUCUAUGAACUUUGGUAUUGCCUCUCCAUAUAUAGAGGCAUUUGGAAUCUCAAAAGCGGCGGCGUCAAAAAUUUUUAGUGUAAUCGAUCACAAACCUACAAUUAAUUUAUCAAAAGGAAAUGGAAAAACGCUAAACGUACUCAUAGGAAAUAUACAAUUUAAAGAUGUGGCUUUCCGUUAUCCAUCUAGGAAAGAUGUACCGAUAUUAAAAGGAUUAAGUUUGAACAUUAAAUCUGGAGACACUGUGGCACUUGUAGGUAGUUCGGGCUGUGGAAAAUCUACGGUUAUUCAGUUACUUCAACGGUUAUACGAUGCGGACUCUGGAGAGGUCACCAUAGACGGAAAAAAUAUUAAAGAAUACGAUUUAACUUGGUUAAGAAGCCAAAUAGGAGUUGUAGGUCAAGAACCAAUUCUCUUUGGAACAUCCAUUUUAGAAAAUAUUAGGUACGGUAAAGAUGGAGUAACAGAGGAAGAUGUCAUUCAAGCAGCUAAAAAAGCUAAUGCGCAUAACUUUAUUAAAGCUCUUCCUAACGGAUAUAAUACAUUGGUUGGAGAGAAAGGGGCUCAACUCUCAGGUGGACAAAAACAAAGGAUAGCUAUAGCUAGAGCUUUGGUAAGAAAUCCUACUUUAUUACUUUUGGACGAGGCUACUUCAGCACUGGAUAAUACCAGUGAAGCUAAAGUACAAGCAGCUCUAGAUGCGGCAAGUGUUGAAUGUACAACUAUAAUUGUGGCACACAGGCUAUCAACAAUUCGAGGUGCAAACAAAAUUAUCGUACUUUCUCAAGGAGUCGUGGUAGAAGAAGGAACCCACGAAGAACUAAUGGAACUUAAACAAGAGUAUUAUAGAUUAGUAACAGCCCAAGUCAAAUCAUCGGAACAGUUUGAAGUCGCUGAAAAGAAGAAAGUGGUAAGAGCUAUUAGCUUGGCAGAAAGUAGCACAGGCUCUGACCAUAACAUAGAGGCUACAAAAGAAGAUAAUGAAGACGAUUUUAAUGAAAAUAAAGACGUUUCCGUUUUUGAAAUAUUGAAGAUGAAUGCUCCAGAAUGGCCUUACAUUUUAUUUGCUGGUCUUGGAUCAAUUGUUGUUGGUUGUGGAAUGCCCGUUUUUGCAGUCUUGUUUGGUAGCAUUUUGGGGACAUUAGCAAAUGGUGAUCCUGACUUUGUAAGAUCUGAAACCAACAAAUAUUGCUUAUAUUUUGUGCUGGGAGGACUCAUAACUAUGGUAUCAGUAUUUACUCAGAUGUACCUGUUAGGAAUUGCUGGUGAAAAAAUGACAGAAAGAGUUAGGAGUCGAUUAUUCAAGGCAAUGAUAUACCAGGAAAUAGGCUUCUUUGACAAGAAAACAAAUGGGGUUGGAGCGCUUUGUGCCAAAUUGUCUUCUGAUGCUUCUAAUAUUCAAGGGGCAACGGGAAUUCGGGUUGGAACCAUUCUUCAAUCAAUAGCCACAUUUUGCUUAGCAAUUGGUCUUUCCAUGUAUUAUGAAUGGAAAUUGGGCUUAGUUACAGCAGCUUUCACACCUGUUAUUUUGAUCGCUAUGUUCUUUGAAAGAAGAAACACCAGAGGUGGAAACGAUUCAAGAGAUUCCGCACUACAAAAAUCAACAAGGACUGCAGUAGAAGCCGUUGGGAAUAUACGAACAGUUGCCUCCUUAGGCUUAGAAGAAAAGUUCCAGCAGCUAUAUGAAUCUGAGCUCAUGCCACAUUAUAAAUCUUCGUUAAAAACAGUUCACUGGAGAGCAAUCGUGUUUGGUCUUUCCAGAAGUUUGUUGUUCUUUGCUUAUGCUACCGCAAUGUACUACGGCGGAUUUUUGAUAAGGGAUGGAUUGCCAUACGAUAGAGUGUUUAAGGUAUCUCAAGCACAAAUUAUGGGGACAGUUUCAAUUGCCAACUCACUGGCAUUUUCUCCAAACUUUGCUAAGGGUGUUGCAGCAGCAAAAAAAGUUAAAAGCUUCCUUUCAAGAAUUCCACUUAUUCGUGAUUUACCUUCUUCACGACAAAUGGUUAAGGCAAGUGGCAACUUCAGUUUUUCAGAAAUCGAAUUUACAUAUCCAACACGACCCAACGUACUAAUUUUAAAAGGACUUAAUUUGGACAUUCUAAAUGGAAAAACUGUAGCUCUAGUGGGAGAAAGUGGUUGCGGAAAAUCUACGAUAAUUCAACUCAUCGAGAGAUUUUACGAUCCUAGAUCUGGUGAAGUAAAAAUGGAUGGUGUAGAUUUAAAAGAUAUAUCGCUAGAUUCGUUGAGGUCGCAUAUGGGUAUCGUAUCACAAGAACCAAAUCUGUUCAAUAAGUCUAUUGCUGAAAAUAUUGCUUAUGGAGAUAAUUCAAGGGAGGUUUCUAUGGAUGAGAUAAUUAAAGCUGCUAAAAAUGCCAAUAUUCAUAAUUUUAUAACUGGAUUACCGAAGGGAUAUGAAACAAAACUAGGAGAAAAGGCUGUUCAGUUGUCUGGUGGACAAAAACAAAGAAUUGCUAUUGCCAGGGCGUUAGUAAGAAAUCCAAAAGUUUUACUCCUUGAUGAAGCCACAUCUGCACUGGACACUGAAAGUGAGAAGGUUGUUCAAGAAGCUCUAGAUCAAGCUAAAAAAGGAAGGACAUGUGUUACGAUUGCCCACAGAUUAACAACCAUACAAGAUGCAGACUUGAUAUGCGUAGUAGCAAAUGGUGUAAUUGCUGAAUCUGGAAGCCAUCAAGAACUUCUGCAAAAGGAGGGACUGUACUACAAAUUAUAUACUCAAAAAACGUAAAAAUCAAAUUUUCAAGUCAGUGCUACAUCUCGUAAGAAGUUAGUUUGAUUAAUUUGGGCAUUGGAACAUAUAGUCCGGAAGGUAGCGUCAAAUUUGACCGGAGCAUUUGUGCAUGGUUGUUUUUUUAUACAGUGAGGACGUUUGAGUUUGCAUUACCUAUUUCAUUAUCUCGAGAAUGGGCAAAUUUGAAGAGAAAUCAUCAGACAGGUCGAUUUUUAUUUUUAAAUUAGGACUUUUUGGUAUGAAUAUCAUACUAGUGACGUCAUCCGUCUGGGCGUGAUGAUGUAAUCGUAAUUUUUUUAAAUGAGAGUAGGGGUUGUGUGAUAGCUCAUUUGAAAAGGAAUUCAAUUCUCUAUUCAGUAAUAUAAACAAUAACCUAAUUAUUUAUACAGGGUGGUCAAAACAAGAAAUUUUUAAUUUAAUUAAUUCACACAAAUAGAAGUAUGUAUGUAAUUUAUUUAAUUCUAAAUACAUUUUACCGUUAUCAGAACACAAAAAAAUGUUUAUUUUACAAAUAAACAUUGCUUUUCGCUUAAAUUAAAUGUUCAAACUGCUCGGUGAUGACAUUUAAGUUAGAAUAAUUAACUAUUUAUAUGGGAAAUAAGCCACAAUUAAAUUGAAAAAAAUAAUUUUAUUAACGUUUCGAUGCCCAAAUCGGGUGUCGUUGUCAAAAUACAAAAUACUACUAAAUUAAACAAAAAUGUUGUUGAUAAGUAAAAAAUUCUUCUAAUAAUUUAUUUAGGUAAUCUGACUCAUUUAUAUUGACAAUUCAGACAUAUAUUAUACAUUUUAAAGUAGAAGACUUUAAAAUGAUAUUGCCAAUAUUUAUGAGUUGCGUUUUGGGCGUCGAAACGUUAAUAAAAUUAUUUUUUUCAAUUUAAUUGUGGCUUAUUUGCCACAUAAAUAGUUAAUCAUAAAAAUGCCACAAGGAAAUAGCUUCAGAACAAGGUAGAAUAAAUUCAGUAUUUUUGUGUCUAACAGUAUUUUAACAAAAUGCUUUCUUUUUUCUCUCUUAAUUUUUACAUUUUACAACAAUAGUCGAUUACAAAAAUGUAUAAUACAAUAAAAAAGAAAGCAUUUUGUUAAAAUACUGUUAGACACAAAAAUAUUGAAUUUACUCUAACUUAAAUGUCCUCACGGAGCAGUUUGAACAUUUAAUUUAAGCGAAAACGUAUGGUUAUUUGUAAAAUAAACAUUUUUUUCUGUGUUCUGAUAACGGUAAAAUUUAUUUAGAAUUAAAUAAAUUAUGUACAUACUUUUUUUGUGUGAAUUAAUUAAAUAAAAAAAUUUUGCACCCUAUAUAAAUAAUUAGGUUAUUGUUUAUAUUGCUGAAUAGAGAAUUGAAUUACCUUUCAAAUUAGCUAUCACUCAACCCCUACUCUCAUUAAUAAAAUUAUCGAUUACGUCAUCACGCCCAGAUGGAUGACGUCACUAGUAUUAUGCAUAUGCAAAAAGUCCUAAUUUAAAAAUAAAAAUCGACCUGUUUGAGGAUUUCUCUUCAAAUUUGCCCAUUCUCGAGAUAUUGAAUUUAUGCAAACUCAAACGUCCUCACUGUAUAGUCAGUUGUUCCAAAGCUUAUUAACAAAAAAUGAUCUGUCAGCUGGCCCAAAACCGGGGCAUAAAAUGAAAAAAGACCAGGAAAAUUAACAAUAAAAAUAAUUACACUUUUAUAAAAAUGAACUUAUUAUAAUCCCACGUUUUUAUUAUUUAUACGACACAGUAUAAAAAAGUAUUAUAAAAACAAUUACUUUUCAAAUCAAAAUGUCAAUUUUAAAAACAAAAAUGAUUUCCGACGCCGGGAAACAAACACGACCUAUUUUCAUUAGCAAACAAGUAGGUACUAUCUACCAAAAUAAAUUUAUAGAAUCCGUGCCAACAUCACCGUAAAGAUUUGAUACUACCUCCCAGACUAAUACACAAUACUAACAGAACCUAAAGUUUAAAUUUACAUUAUUUAAAAAUGUCAUAUCUUUGAUAUACGCCAGUCAAUGGGAGCAAGAAUACGAUAUUACCUCCGAAUCCUAUCCUACUGCAUGGAUUUUAAUGAAACUUUGGCCCUAGCCUCUACUUAUCUCCUAAUUCAAAGUCUACCCUAUGCCGAUGUGUGCUUUUAUCUUGGGGGUGGUUCCCACCCCUUCUUAGAGGUGGAAAAUUUUUUGGUUAAAAUUACCACGGAAUUCGCUAGAAGACCUAAUUCUAAGCAGAAACUGUUCUAUAAUUUUUUUUGAAAACUCAAUACUUUUUGAGAUAUUCGUGGUUGACAAUUGGCCAUUUUCAUUGAAACAAUAAUAUCUUUUCGCACUGUUUUUUGCGAAUAUCUUAAAAACUAUGCAUCUAACUAAAAAAAGUUUAUUAAACAUUUUUGUAGGUUAUAAAAAAACAAAGAGACACUUGCCUUCAUAAAUCUUCUAGUUAUAAUACAAAAAGAGAUAUGGUAGGUGAAAUUAGUUUGUUUUUGGUACAUUCUCAAAUUGGUGUUCUCAACUUGAAAUAACAGAGAAACGGUCGAGUUUAGGUGUAUAAUGCCACUAAUACCUUUUGUAGUGCUAAAAAAGACCUUUUAAAUGAGGUAUAUUAAAGGUCUAUUUCAUUAAAACUAAGCGAGAUAUGCUGCAAACAAAAUGGAUAACUAAUGUAUUUUAAGAAAAAAUGAGAAGUAAUUUUAACCCUCAUCGACCAAAAUGUAAAUGCAUCGUUUUCCUUCCACAAUACUUUUUAUUAUAGUGUUAUUUCUAUGUUCAAAAAUCAAAAAGUUGGACAGAUUUAAAAUGAAUGGUUUUUGAAAAAAAAAAGAUCAAAUUAGAGAGCGCAUUUUUAAAUUUUCUUAAAAAUCUUCCUUUUUCCCCAUGUAACUUGAAAAUGAUAAGAGAUACAGUAAUGAAAAAUAAAAAAUAAAUUGUUAUCACAAAAAGCCCUACAUUUUUGUGUGGUAUCUUUUUUUCGUAUCUCUUAUCUUUUUCGAGUUACAUGGAGGAAAAGGAAGAUUUUUAAGAAAAUUUAAAAAUGCGCUCUAUAAUUUGAUCUUAUUUGUUUCAAAAACCAUUUAUUUUAAUCCAGUCCAACUUUUUGAACAUAGAAAUAACACUAUAAUAAAAAGUAUUGCAAAAGGAAAACGAUGUAUUUAAAUUCUGAUGGAUAAGGGGUUAAAUAUACUUCUCAUUUCUUCUUAAAAUACAUUAGUCAUCAAUUUUUUACAGAAUAUCUCGCUUAGUUUGAACGUAAUCGACAUUUAGUAUUGCUCAUUUUAAAAGUCUUUUCAAGCACUAAAAAAGUUAUUAGUAUCAUUAUACACGUAAAAUCGACAGUUUCUCUGUUAUUUCAAGUUGAAUACACCAAUUUGAGCAUGCAGCAAAAAAUCAAACUCUUCUUACCUACCAUAUCCCUCUUUGUAUUUUAACUAAAAGAUUUAUGAAGGAACGAAUCUCUUUGUUUUUUAUAAUCUACAGAAAUAUUUUAAAUAGUUUUUUUGUUAGAUGCAUAGUUUUUAAGGUAAUCGCAAAAAUCCGUCCGAAAAGGUGUCAUUUUUCAAUGAAAAUGGCCAAUUUUCAACCACGAAUAACUCAAAAAGUAUUGAGUUUUCAAAAAAUAAUUAUAGAACAGGUUUUGCUUAAAAAUAGGAUCUCUAGUCUCUUCCGUGGCUAUUUUAACCAAAACAUUUUUCACCCCGAGAAGGGGUGGGAACCACCCCCAAGAUAAAAGCGCACAUCGGCAUAGGGUAGACUUUGUUUCUUGAGCUAUUCCCUACUUACUGUGAAAAUAUCAAGUAAAUCGAUGUAGUAGGAUGGAAUUCGGAGCCAAAUACCCUCAUUGACUGCCCUAAUAGUAUCGGUGCAAUUUAUGAGUUAUAGUGAGCUAGGCUGCUACUUUUUGGCCUUAUUGUAUUUAUUGUUGGUAACAAGCUUCAGCUCACUAUGAUUUCUUUAGCAGCAUCUCUUUAACAAGCAGAUUAUUUUUUUGAGAUCAGUGUAUUUCAGAUUGAGUGUUUUCUUUAUUCAGUUUUAUUGUACUUAAUUUUAAGAUUACAUUUUUUGUUUCCAAUUGUUAGUUGUCCAGUUUUUUCCUUAUUAAUUAUUUACGAGAUACAAGUAAAAUACAAAUGAGAAAGACAUUACAGUCGCAAGAAAGAAGUUAUAGUAUUAAAUAUAUUUUGUA